AUGUGGAGACGAACAUACUUGCUGCUCUUAGUGAUCCGGAUUUACUUUACUCUUUCUCCUAGCUACCUGCAUCCGGACGAGAAUUUUCAGGGCCCUGAGGUGGUGGCAGGUAAGCUAAAUCCAUCCUCCCGAUUCUGCAUGACCGCGUCCUCCCUUCCGCCUCGCCGAUCUGGCAACGAUGGACGUCUCCUCUCCUAUCCCUCCAGGUUACCCUGGGAAUUCACUGCGGAGAACCCGAUCCGCAGCGCCUUUCCCCUAUGGCCGACCUACGAUGUGCCAAUAAGCCUCCUCAAAUGGUUCUACACCGAGACGGGGACCGUCAACCCACCCUCACAACUGGUCUACUAUGUUCUGCGAGGUGUGAUGUUCUUGUUAAGCUUCGUGCUGGAGGACUGGGCUGUUUAUGAGUUGGUGCCCUACCCGCGCCAUCGCCGAGCAACGGUGGUGCUGGUGGCAUCGUCCUAUGUCACAUGGACAUAUCAGACGCACACCUUCUCCAACGCCCUAGAGACACUGCUGGUCGCCUGGGGGCUCGUCCUCAUUCGCCGCAUUGUUGCAAACAAGCAACGCUCCUCCGUCUUCUCUUGCGCUGUGCUUUCCUUCAUUGCCGUCGCAGGCAUCUUCAACCGAAUCACCUUCCCGGCCUUUUUUGUCAUACCGGGGCUGCAGUUGCUGCCUUAUUUUUGGCGCAAGCCAGCUUCGUUCGUCUCCUUUGUCGGAUUUGGACUUCUAUUCCUCUGCAUUACUGUCAUCGUUGACACGGCAUUUUAUAGGCCCUCUGCAUCAUUCCGUGAUAUCCUCCGUGCGCCUAUUAUCACACCCAUCAACAACCUUCUCUACAACUCUGAUAGCUCUAACUUGGCUCUCCAUGGACUCCACCCUCGUUAUCAACACUUUCUAGUCAACCUUCCACAGCUCCUGGGGCCUGCGUAUGUGGUGAUGAUUCUGUCUUUUUGGAGUCUACCUGCUAUCCCUUCGUGGUCGAAGGACAUGCGUGCUGUUUCCGCUCUAUCUGCGACCAUGCUGUUAUCUAUCGUCCCUCACCAAGAGCCUCGCUUCUUAAUUCCAUGCGUCCCUUUGCUUCUCAGCUGCCUCCGCAUUCCCAAGUCGCGUUGGUUCCUGGCGGCCUGGGUGAUUUUCAACGCUGCCCUAGGAUUCCUGAUGGGUGUCUACCAUCAAGGCGGCAUCGUACCAGCUCAGCUUGCGAUCCCUUCAAUUAUCUCAGCGAAUGCAGUUACCCCAAACGGCGCCCCAUUGGGGUCUGCCCCAGUGUCGGCGGUGGUGUUGUGGUGGAAGACCUACUCACCCCCACUGUGGCUGUUGGGUGACAGCGCUAACCAUUCUUUGGAUAUUGAAUCCCGAGACUUGAUGGGCAUGUCGGGCCCCGAGAUGGACAAGGAACUUAGAAAAUUAAUCCCCUCUUGUCCUUCCAGGAACAAAAACGGUGCAGAGGACUUGGAUACUGAGCUAGCAAGACACCCCGAUGCAGUUUUCAUAGUAGCCCCGAAGUCUGCCAAGUAUCUGGACUCAUACACAAAGUUGGAAUCAGAUCGCCCAGAUCUGGAACUUCACGAGUUAUGGUCCUAUAGCAAGCAUAUCAACAUGGAUGAUCUAGAUUUCGGCACUGACGGAAUCAUUUCGACAUUGCGGCGGGUGAUUGGCAGGCGCGGAUUAGCAGUUUGGGCAGUUCGGAGGCAUUGCACCCGCGAGACCGACGAAAUCUAG